UCGGAGGCCUGCCAGAGGCGUCCAGGGGUGACCCCGAUUCCGGAUCGGGGCCGGGGGUGGGCGGGGCCGUGCUGGUCCUCCUCUCCCGACUCCCCUCCGCUCAGAGUCCGAUGGCGGCGGCAGCGCGGAGGGACCCGGCUCCGGGCCGUGUGACCUUUGAGGACGUGGCUGUCUACUUCUCCUGGGAAGAGUGGGGUCUCCUUGAUGAAGCCCAGAGACUCCUAUACCGCGAUGUGAUGCUGGAGACCUUUUCACUGAUGGCCUCUCUGGGACUCGCAUCUUCCAGGAUGCAUGAAAUCACCCAAAUGGAGUGGUGGAGAGAGCCCUCUUUGCCUCCCCGUGGAGUUUUGGCCACAGCUGUGCCAAGAGGUACUUGGAGGGAGGAGCUGAACUCCGGUACGAGCUCAGGUGUGCGGCGUAGAGCAGAAGUUGAGGAAGCACCUUCUGAGCAGAGUGUUUAUGUAGAAGGAGUGUUCAGAGCAAACCUUCAACAGCAGACGCUGCACUGUGGAGAGAGACCUUUAAGAAGACACGAGGGUGGGGAGGGUGGAAAGGACUUCCCAGCUAGUGCUGGUUUUCUUACCCAUCAGGUGACCCACAGCGGAGGGAAGACACACAGGAGUACUGAAGGUGGGGAGGCCUUCCACCCUGGAAAAAGGCAUUACAAAUGCAGUGAAUGUGGGAAAGCCUUUGGCCAGAAAUACUUACUUGUUCAGCACCAGAGACUGCACACUGGAGAAAAGCCUUAUGAGUGCAGCGAAUGCGGGAAAUUAUUUAGCCAUAAAUCAAACCUUUUUAUACACCAAAUAGUUCACACUGGAGAAAGGCCUUACGGGUGUAGGGAGUGUGGAAAAUCCUUCAGCCGCAAUGCCGACCUCAUUCAACAUCAGAGAGUCCACACUGGAGAAAAGCCUUUUACAUGCAGUGAAUGUGGAAAAGCGUUCAGGCAUAAUUCCACACUUGUUCAGCAUCACAGGAUCCACACUGGGGUGAGGCCUUAUGAGUGCAGCGAAUGUGGGAAAUUCUUCAGCUUUAACUCAAGCCUCAUGAAACACCAGAGAGUUCACACUGGAGAAAGGCCUUAUAAGUGCAGUGAAUGUGGGAAAUUCUAUAGCCACAAGUCAAGCCUUAUUAAUCACUGGAGGGUUCACACUGGAGAAAGGCCUUAUGAGUGCAGCGAAUGUGGGAAGUUUUUUAGCCAAAGCUCUAGCCUCAUGCAACAUCGAAAAGUUCACACUGGAGAAAAGCCUUUUAAGUGCAACGAAUGUGGAAGAUUCUUCAGCGAGAAUUCCAGCCUUGUUAAACACCAGAGGGUUCACACAGGAGCAAGACCUUAUGAGUGCAGGGAAUGUGGGAAAUUCUUUCGCCACAGCUCCAGCCUUGUUAAACAUCGGAGAAUUCACACUGGAGAAAUGCCUUAUGAGUGCAGUAAUUGUGGGAAAUCCUUUAGCCAGCGUUUCAACCUCCUUCAACACCAGAAAGUUCACAGUGGAGAAAGGUCUUGAAUGCAGCUCAUGUGGAAAAGCCUUUUUUUUUUUUUACCAAAGUUCUGCUCUGAUUCAGCAGAGAAAGCUUCAGUCCAGAUAGGCCUAAUGAAUACAGUAAAUGUGAAG